AUGGUCUCAUGCGUCAGUGACGAGGGCGAUUACAGUCUUCAAGUACCUUCCUCAUCAUAUGCGGAGGUCCUAUCGCCUCGCCUGCCGAGCUCCGGGACCAGAUCUCGGGCUGUCAACAUGCGUCGACGUAAACUCGAGAUCGAGAUCGUCGAAGGCGCUCGCAUGGGUCCGACGUGGCAGUUUCCAGGCGCUGGCUCGUCCGAGUACGUGCAAGUGCCGCCUCGUGAGCUGCACGCGAUUCAGGAGGAGCUCAACAAGCCCAAGAAGCUGCUGGGAGAGCUCCCAGCCACUGCCAUCUCCGGCAACGACAUCCUGUCGAGUGUCCUGUACUCGGCGUCGUCUGUGGCUGCCAAGUCGGGCAAACUCAUGCCAAUUCCGCUGCUUAUCGUGUCCAUUGUGCUCUAUUUCUUUCGCUUCAUCUAUGAAGAGGUCGUGACUGCUAUUCCCAUGAACGGGGGUACGUACAACGCCCUACUAAACACGACGUCCAAGCGUUCAGCAGCUGUGGCUGCAUGUCUCAGCAUCCUGUCAUACGUUGCUACUGGAGUCGUCUCGGCGACGUCCGGUAUCCGGUAUCUGAACAACCAAGUGGCGAUUCCGAUCAUUGGAUCGACGAUCGUUUUACUAGGAGCGUUUGCGCUUUUAGCAGUGAUGGGCAUCACCGAAAGCUCUCGCGUGGCUGUCGCGAUCUUUUUGCAUCAUAUCGUAGUCCUCUUGAUCCUCUUUGUGGCGUGCAUCAUCUAUUGGUUCAAUCACCCGCAUGUCUUCAGCAACAACUUGCACGCAGGAUACCCAGAGGUGGACUUUGCAGGAUCGAUGCUUGACGGCAACAUCGUGACUGCGAUUUUCUUCGGCUUUGGCGCGUCGAUGCUGGGUAUCACCGGCUUUGAGUCGUCGUCAAAUUACGUGGAGGAACAAGCUCCGGGGGUCUUCCGCAAGACGCUGCGCAACAUGUGGGCCCUCGUCACGUUCUUCAAUGUCGGACUAAGUACUGCGAUUCUGGCUGUGCUGCCACUCGAAGGUGAUAAUGGAAUUUACAAGAACUCGUCGGAUCUUCUCGCGAUGGUGAGCCGAGAAGCAGUGGGAAGCUGGUUCGAGACGUGGAUCAGCAUCGACGCUUUUAUCGUGCUCAGUGGUGCGGUGUUGACCUCGUACGUGGGUAUUUGCGGUCUUGUUCGCCGUCUAUCAACGGACCGGGUGCUACCUGCGUUCUUGGCAACGACGAACAAGGCUCGUGGUACAAGCCACUACAUUAUCGGCAUCUACUUUCUCUUGUCGUCGAGUCUCGUGCUCAUAUUGAAUGCCGACGCGAGUACUAUGAAUGGUGUGUACACUUACUCGUUCCUAGGACUCAUGGCGAUGUUCUCUUGCGCUUGCAUGCUACUAAAGGGCAAGCGAUCAGAGAUCCCGCGUGACAUUCACGCGCCAUGGACUAGCGUGAUCGUUGGCUUCCUGCUGGUGGUGGUGGCCAUCUUUGCGAAUCUCUUGGGUGAUCCCAACAUCUUGAUGUACUUUGCCGUCUACUUCAUUGUCGUGAUCUCUGCCAUGCUUAUCAUGUUCGAGCGUGUCACGAUCUUACGCUUUGCUCUGAUGAUGUUGAAGACGAUGUUUCCCUCGCACUACGGCAAAGCUGUUGCAGUUGGUCUCGCGACGGACAAUACGGACGAGUGGGAGCACACUGGAGCUCGCGGAGGCCGCACUAUCGCUCGCACCAUUUCCAGCAUCCGAAACGCUCCUAUUGUUUUCUUCUGCAAGGUCCCGGACCUUACAAUCAUCAACAAGGCCAUCAUCUACGUGCGUCGCAAUGAGCAGACUCACACACUGCGCAUCGUGCACGUUUUUGAGAGUGAAGAAGGAGACGCGAGUGCAGUCGCGUCUUUCCGUGAGAUGGUAGCACUGUUCGACUCGAUGUACCCGAAGAUCCGCGUGGACUUUGUGGCAGUGCGCGGCGAGUUCGGCCCCGCGAUGAUCGAGUGGCUGUCGCGUUCCAUGAAGGUGCCUCGCAAUAUGAUGUUCAUCACGCAGCCCGAUUUGCUCUCGGCCGAGCGCGUGUCAGCAGCUGGCAUGCGUGUUAUCACGGCAUGA